AAAACCUUUUUCACGACUCCCUGGUUUGGGUGGGACUGUGAAAGUGCAUUCCCCUCUUGUUUGCUUGUUUGCCUCCAUUCUCUGCUCGACGACGAAGAAAGUGAGGCGUCCUCGCCUGCAUGGACUGGUGUGGAUUUUGACUGCCCCCCCCCCCCUCCCCUUUCUGCCCGCUUGGUAUCCCUGCGAAAGAAAACCGGACUGUAGUCUGUAGUCUGUAGAACGGCCUGGAUCUCCAGUCGUGUGAGAAUCUUUCAUUAGUGAAGUGAAGUCGACGAUUUCUCAGUUUAUCAUUAUACCGACACGUAACAUGAAGAUCUGUAAGUAAGUUAUCUGUAGUUGAAAGGAGGAUUGUUCGAGUAAGGCAACUGUUCCAGGGAGAGUCACCCGUGCUGAGCUGCAUUACAAUCAUGGUAAUAGUACAGUAGCAGUGCGCUAGAUCUAUGAUUGAUAGAGUCGCAGCUCUUCAGACAGCAAACAACGCUGGCACAUAGCGGUUAGUGCAGGGCUCACGUUCAACAAGACAACGACCAUGUAGAUCAAGACGUAGUCCUUCAGAUUAAUGAGCAUCUGAUCGCGAUGAUUUCGACUUGCCUCGGACACAGUUGCAGAGACUCACACUGUCACACUGUCACAGUCUGACUACUAGCCCUUCAAACACUACAGCCUGGACAGGUACUACUAGUAUGGAGUAUAUGUAUAAUGGAUGAAAUCCAGCAGAGUCGCAGUUGAAGAUUGUGGGAGAUGAAGCGAACCCACUUGCAGGAUAUCUGACACCACAAGCUGUAUGAGUAUGCUGGCACAUGACAGCCAGGCAGGAGAGACGGUGGAAAUGGACAAUUGGGCACCACCGAUAAUGACGAGGCAAUAGUGUAUCAUCCUCGUCGAAGAGGUAGCGUGGCCGAUGAGCACGUUGGAGAUCGUCAUGGAUCACAGUGUGCGACGGGCAUCGCAAGCACUGCCAGUACAGACCUCACCGAAAAAGAGCCCAGCGCAGCACCACCCCUUACACGCCUGCGCAAGUCUGUCAUAUUCCUAGUGCUUGGCCUAAAUGCAGUGUUCUCUAUGAUUUGCCUUAGCGUCAUGAUACCGUUCUUUCCGACAGAGGCAGCUCAGAAAGAUCCUCAUCCGAACAGCGUUGAAGGCCUGUCAGCCAUUGGUUUUGUAUUCAGCAUAACAGCAUUCAUGCAGUUCCUCACAGCCCUGGUCAUAGGUAAGAUACUGCCGCACAGUGGGCCAAAAAUCAUUAUCAUCCUCGGUGGCAUGCUGAUAAGUGGCUCAAUCGCUCUAUUUGGAUUCGUUAAUCGCAUUGAUGACUGGCCACAGUUUUUGGGCAUAUGCUAUGCUCUACGUGCAGUGCAAGGGGUUGGUACUGCAUUCGAGCUGACCGCAUCGUUUGCCCUGCUCUUCGGCAUCUUUCCUGCAUCGAUCAGUCUUGUUUCGGGACUCUUCCACGGCUUCAAUGGCCUGGGAUUUGCUAUUGGCCCGGCUCUGUCGGGUAGCAUUUAUGACCAGCACGGGUUUCUCCUGCCAUUCAUCAUCUAUGGUGGCAUUAUGGCUGCCAGUACAGCGGCCGUCAUGGUUUUACUACCCGGUGACAUUGAAAUUGAAGCGGACAGAAAGAGCAAGGACAUUUUCAUGGCUGCGUUGAAGCUUCCCGUGUCCGCGCUGUGGCUGGCGACAGCGCUUGUUGCGGGAGCGGCCGGAGGUUUGCUUGAGCCCGGAAUAUCACCGUAUCUACGUGACGAGUUUGGUAUUAGCCCGUCACACGUUGGGCUCAUAUAUCUACUGCAUUCCGGUGUCUUCAUCAUCACAGCACCGCUCACUGGCUACAUCGGUGAUCGCUACGUCAAACCAAAGCACCUGGUGAUCAUUGGUAGCUUUCUCCAUGGCGGUGCACUGGUGCUACUUGGUCCAGUGAAGACUGCAGGUGUCCUGUCGCCAGCGCUCUGGCGGUCGACACUGUCAAUGGCCAUCGUGGGCGGCGGAUUGGGAGUGACGCAAACAUGCCUGGUGCCGGGGAUGCUGAACGCACUGUACAAGGCCGGUUUCACUGACUCGGUAGAGCUACAUGGCACUGCAGCUGGCAUGAUCACAGGCUUCUUCUCGCUGGGCAUCGGUAUAGGACCGCUUGUCGGCAGCGCUCUCACUGGUGCCGUAGGCUUUCCAGAUGCAGCAGCCAUGUUUGCUCUUGUCCUUAUUGCCAACGGGUUUGCAUUCAUUGCAUUCAGUGUCUAUGAAUGUAUACGUGCGUUUGUGCGCAAGAGUGGUUCCUGUAACACUAAUGCUGACACACCUAGCGAGACCACUCCGCUUAUUCGUGAUAAUCAGGAUUCCACAGGUGUAUAGAGCUGUGGACGAUCCCGGUGCUGAGCGCACUUCUCCUGGCUUUGGUCUCCUGGUCAUAGUCACAAGUGUACACAGCAGCCGUGUAAGUUUGCUGAUGUGCACAGCGGCUGAUGUCCCAGAUUAGCAAGGACUCCUGAGAUAUUUUUUUCUUUUUGCUUGUUGAUAACUUAUAGACUCCGGUCAGGUUCUUGAGAAAUAUUUAUCGGGGUUGAGAGCAAGUAUCAAUAAAACUGUGAACGGUAUCAUUCCCCUGUUGAAUAAUACAACAAACUCUCCUCCUCCAUGCGCUCUAAAGCCGACCAUCACUACCCUCGGUAGCCAUUACUCACAGUCACACCAAUAAUUUCAAACAACGAAGGGGUCACAGGUAAAAGGAGAGAGCAAGUAGUUCUGUCAACACUGGCUUUAUAACUCCUGAGAUAUUAGUUUUGAUAUUGCUCUUUGCAGGAGGUGAUGCUUGUUUUUAGUUUUCUAGCUCCAUGUUGGUCUUCCCUUCUUCCUUUUGGUUGUCUGUGCCUGUGGUUGUCUGUGUUGAAUAUGUCUGUAGUGGUGCUGGAGAAUGUUGUUGUGGUCUGCCGUGCCACUGCCUUUGCCAAACUCUGGGGUCUCGGUUUAUUUUUAUUUAUUUAUGUAUUUAUUUCUGCACCUCGUGGCAUGUCAAGACAGCCAAUUGAAUUGAGGAGAGGGUGAGACCAACCACGGAAGAAGAGAAAAAAAGAAAAUUAAGAGCACGUACACAAAGUGGGAAGGGAUUAGCAACUUACAAAGCAAUGGGAUGCUCAGCGAGCUAUGCAGCGGAAGU